AUGGUUCUUGCGUGCAGUCGGAAGGAAGUUCAGUUGAAAGCCUACACCCUGAGGUAACUGGAUCAUUAUAGAAUUAUGCUGCGUGAUGAUUAGAUUUACAACCAUACUUAAUUAAUCUUUUCGGAACGAGAACGCAUUUCGGUUCGAAUCCCACCGAGGCGCCGGAGUUUUCGCAGUUGGGUCAAUAUAAAUUUUUUAAAAUCUACCAAAACAUCUAUGAAAUAUCCUUUUGAAAACAAGCAUGUACAGCAGAAUUUAUUGGGGCCAAUAAAUUUCGUGACGGCUUUUCAAUUGCAGCCCGUCUCUGCAUAACAUAGGUAACGAAUGAAUGCGCACAGCAGUAUGAAUUUGUACAGAAUGGCAGUGCAUAAGAGCAAGGUCAAAGUUCAAGGCAAUGAAUAAUCAGAUAAGACGUCCACAUAAGCAUCAUAUAGGCAAGAGGGAGACGAAAUGUUAACAACAAAUCACAGUCAGGGGAAACUAGAGGUGUGAGAUUACCAGGGCAAUUGCAGAUUGAUCACAUGAUCUAACUGCUUGCACAGGUCUGGUUUCUCCCUCCGUAUGUAAGCUGCUUCCAAAUAACGCAAGGUUCGAGUUGUAUGCGCUCGGACAAGUACUCGAAAAGAUGCUUUAGGGUCGACAACUUGACCGCUAUCUAACAGGUGUUUCGUUAUAGACGAACGGGGGCUUUUGUUUUCCUGUUUGAAAAGCCAAUUAGGCAAAUGCUCAGCGGCCCUGGUUGCCAAUUGCCUUUGCGUUCGCCCAAUGUACUUGCAUCCGCAAGUGCAUGUGAAUUCAACACACAAUUUGGGGUGGCGUGCAUUGGCAAGGCAUCCUUUGCCCGGUUAAUUGGAAGGCUUUUUGUGGAACUGAUGAAGAUAAGCUCUGCUGCGUUGUACGUUCUUUCUAUAGUGCAACGCAAGCGUCGCUUGAUUGUGUUUGAGACGUUGUCACCCUUAAAAGGUAGACAUAUUAUAACGGUCUUCUUCGGAACGGACUGUUCCGUCAACUUUGGCCGUAAAUGGUUGCUGUACUUCUGAAUGAAGCGUGCAGGAAAACCACAAUUAUGUAAGGCUUCUUUGAUUCGGGCAGUUUCUAUAUUUAUGGAUUACGUUUCCAUUGUAUUGGCGCAAAGCUUUUAAAAUGUAAGUAUUGCUCUUUCCACGUAAUCUUGUGGAAGACGGAGCGUCUUAUUGAACCAUCAUCCUCUCUAAACAUGAGGACGUCCAGGAAGGGUAACUUGCUAAACUGCUCCAUUUUCAUCGUAAAUUUGAUUUUAGGAUGCAGAUUAUUCAUCAGGCAAAGUAAGUCGGAGGCGUCUUCCUUGUUGUCAACAAUCGUGAAUAUAUCAUCAACGUAUCUCCUGUAUAAUGUUGUCAUGUUUAAUUCUGAUGACACCUUUUCUUCUAGGUAACCCAUAAAAACAUCGGCGAGGGUUGGCCCGAGUGCACUGCCCAUUGCGACUCCGUCAAUUUGUCUGUAAAGUUUCCCAUUAAACAGAAAUUGAACAUCUUUGGUGCAAAGUACUAGCAGAUUUCGUAGUAGUUCGGGGGAUAGUCGGGUUUUGGACGCAUGGGCGCAUAUGAUAUCUAUUGUUUCAUCCAAUGGUACAUUGGUAAAUAAGGAUUCCACGUCUAAAGAGAUUAUACCCUUGUCAGCAAUGUUCUGGUCCUUAAUUUCUUCAAUGAAAUGAAGACUGUCUUUUAUCGUGUAGGUGGAAAACAAUUAUCGAAUUGGUUUUGGCCCCUUGAAAAGCCAUUUUGCUAGUCUGUGGGUAGGUUAAUGUUCAUGAAACAUACGUGUAUCAUGCAAAGGAAGACAAGAGAUUCAUACCGUUUUAAACUAAGGAAGUGAUUGUGCAAAAAGUCUACGGACGACUAUUUCCCUCUGAGUACAGAUAAAACUAUCCUUAAUUUGUCUGACAUCAAACGUUAUAAGCUACAAGCAGAGGCUUUAUCACUAGGACUUGACUUUUACAUUCCAAACAGGAGAUUAAACUCAGUUGAAAUUGAGGCUCAGUUUGAAGACUUGAAUUCUCAACUUAUGACAAUGUUAUCAAAAGUGUGGUCGGUCUAUGGCGAUUGUUCCACUACAAUCGUAAGGUAUGCACAGUGAGCCAUUUGCGACUAAGCCGUAGUAUGUUAUGGCUGAAUAAGCCGAAGACGUUCGAAUGGUGGCACUCGUCGGACGUAAUAACCUCCAGCAUGGAUGUUAAGCAGUCGUUUGGUCUGCAAUGUUCGCUCUCUGACUGCGCCAAAGGAAUGCCAGUAUGUACGAUAACACAUAUCGGCUGCUGUGCUCGCACUUCAGCAAUGGAUGCAUAUCGCGUGCUCUACACUUUAUCCACUGCGAUCCUAUCCCAACUGUCCUAAAGUAAACUGCCAUUCGUUGCAAAAGGAAGGUAGGGUCUGAGACGAUGGUUUGGCAACUCUCUAUAGCUAUUGUGUAGGUCUUGGUUUUGUGGUUUGCCGUUUCAUGCGAUUGAACGCUUGAGUGCUCCCGUACUGUCAAUGCCAACGCCCCGAAUGUGUCCAUGCUUAGCGGCUGUGUAUGUGUAGGUUUUGAUAAUCGAAGUCAGUCAGCAUGUGGACUGAAGGUCAGACCGACUUCCGCGGUCGUAAUUCGGCAAUGGAAACCUAUCUCAAUGUUGGUAAUAGCAGGGAUGGUCUACAGCUAUCGUUAAGCAAAUAUGCCGCUAUUGAUUAAGCUACACACGGACUGGUGCUGUCGCUGGUAACCUCAAGAGUCGUUGCUGGUGAUUGGCAAACCCGGAUGACAAAACCUACUCAAAUAGAUAGAGUAGGUAUUAUUUCUUGGUUGAGAGGAUUUUUUAGGUGCCAUCUCCCAAUGGUUACCUCUACCACCUGGCCCGCUUUAGGGACAAAGAAAUACGUUUCAACGAUGAGACACAAACUCGCCUCACUGCUGACACCCCCCCCUCCCACCCAAGUUCUCUCAACCUGAGAACCAGGCUAUAGUUCCUUCCCUUCAUUCGGUAUGGUUAGACACCUUCAAUCAUCUCAGUCUCUCACCAUUACCCAUUUUAUUGUUUGAUUUUUACUUUUCUCUGCCUUCAGUGACAUACAGUGCGCUGCCAACUUUGACUUCCCUAAGGAACGCAUCUGGUUGCACUUGUUCAUUCAGCCCUACGGAGAGGUGGUUUCUUCAUUCUUGAGAUCCUAUGCGACAGGACUCUACAAUCUCUGUUCCCUCUCUUGGUUAUUUCGUUUUUUAAAUCGCGUGGCACAAUGGGGACCUGUUCUUACGCGCUUCAUUAAGGUGGGCAAAAAGUGUCGUGGUUCGCAAAGUAUUCUUGGAGGGGAGUUCUUCUGAUCUCUCCACUCUAAAGUGAACAGGCAUUUUGACAGGUUUGUAUUCGUGGAUUAAGUGUAGUCAUUCGAUCCCCGGGUGCUUUAAAUAACAACCUCAGAAGUGAAACUCAUAUAACCACUCCUAAGUAAUAGCAGUAACCCUAACCGUAGGCCAGCGUUAAGCCUAACGAGAACGCCUACGAUCAACGUAGCUGAAAAGAAGCAGAUGCGAUCGCCGGAGCAAAAACCUUAUUUACCUGACGUUUUGGGUUCGCCCUCCAACCUAUCAUGCAUAGGAAGUCUCAGUAUUCAUAUGAUGCGAUUGCUGUGUUACUGCAUACUUAUGGCAGCUAACUCCCCCCUUGUUGUCAGUUACUUAAAUUCAAUCAUCCAUGUUGGAUGUUGAUAUGAUGAUGGCUCAGCCAUCACGCUCACCGGAUUACGCGCUGCCCAAUUGGCCAAUUACUCUGCGCAGAGUAUGCGAUCGGGUACCAUGAAUCGCAACUCAAGCAGAUCGCGGCCCACGCGAUUAUCACCUCCCGCGAGAAUUUCAGCCUCCACGAAGUUGAAUACGUGGCCAGGUCUCGUAGGUGUAACUUUAAUCCCAACCGUAACGUAAGUACGAAAUUAGAGCUCAGUUUAACGCUACCCUGUUCUUUAUAGGAAGUGGAUAUAAGAAAUUAACUGCAAACUUGGAGUAGACCGGCAUAUGCUAAGGUCUUUAGGCGCAGACCGAAAUUUGACGUAUAAAUAUUUGGGCCAAAGUCCAUCAGCCACCUCGGGAUAACUGCCUAAUAUCCAUUAACUGCCAACAGACACUUAGUAGUAUGUUCUAAUGUUAUAAGAUACCAUACUAUUUGAAGACGAAGACAGGCUCUCUGGAAGAGGUUUAUUUAAGUGCUGAAGUUUCAAAGAGCUGAAUCGGCUUGUGCUGAAGUACUUGACUACUUGACCUUUGACAAUCUUGUCACGUUUGUUUUACUGUAGCAUUUGUUUUAACGUGACGAAUACUCCGCCGCUUAUAAGCUUCGCGCCGCUUGCGUGCUCUCUGGUCAGGUCGUUGCGCAUUUUGAAUAUUAACUUUAUUCACUUACUGGCCUUCCUUACGUCUCUCCGUUUAUGGGGUUAGUAAGACGUAGUUCGUUAGUUCGCGGGAACGACAUAACUUACGUCAUUGGUGACUCCCGACGUUAGCGCAGACUUAAGUUCUUUCCUUCUGUAACAUUUAAUGACAUUUAACGUCCUGUAUUUAUUUGCUAAAUUUAAGUUCAUUUACAUUUCCCGCUAACCUUUUCACGAUAUUUUGCUACCUAUAUUUUGCUUAUUAUCUCUUCCUCAACUAAACAACCUGACGUUCCUGCCGAGUCUGUUCAUGCCGUUCAUGUCACUGCCUGAUUUCUGGCAACACGCCCCUGAACUUUAUUUUAUCCGCAUUGAGUCAGCCUUUUACUCCGCCAACAUUACGAAGGAGUUGUCGAAAUACCACAGACUUGUGGAGGUUCUCCCUGCCAAUAUUAUCUCACAAGUUCAACCCUUGUUAGUGAAACCCCUGCAGACGCUCCCUAUUCUGCUCUGAAGGCAGAAAUCCUACGUCUCAAUGCUGUAUCUGACCGACAACGCUACCACCAGUUGAUCAAGGAGGAAUCACUGGGCGACCGAAAGCCCUCAGAACUUCUCCGACGAAUGCGUACUCUCUUAGGAGACAUGCAGGUCGACGAGAAACUCGUUAAAGAGAUGUUUCUAGAGCAGCUGCCUGCAGAUGUCCAAACGAUUUCGGCAUCCGGCUCGCAAGACCUUACACUUUCACAUCUUGCUGAAAUGACAGACCGACUGGUGGAGGUUCAACAGUUCCAGCCACCUUCCGUUGCUCAGAUUUUUACAUCCUCUUCAACGGUUAACGAGCAGUUACUGCAACAGAUGUCGGCUAUGGCGAAUGAGAUAGCCUCCCUAAAACUACAGCUUGCUCGCAUUACCUGUAGUCGCUCACCCAGCCGUCAUCGUUCACGUUCGCGACCUCGCACAGCCAAUUUGUCUUGGCAUCACGCAAACUUUGUCGCCAAGGAUCGCAAAUGUUCUUCCCCUUGUUCAUUUAAACCGAAACAGGGAAACCAGCCAGCCAGAGAACAGACGCGACCGUUUUCUCUGGCUCUCCCAGCUCUGGUCGCACCUUUUAUGUCUGCGGGCGUUUCCUGGUGGACACCGGAGCCCAGAUCAGCGUGGUUCUCCCCACUCCAGUUGACCGCCGCUGUCCCAGCCCUGGUCUACAUCUCCAGUCUGCAAACUGUUCCCCCAUUUCCACUUUUGGUAGUCGUUCGCUAA